ACAAUUCAGCGAAAAGUCCGUGAGAGAAGUUUGGAUGCUCUGGAAAGCGCACAAAGUGACUCAUAUCGCUGCAGCCAGCGAGUGAAGAUGGCUGGGAUUAUUUCCAUGUCUCGCUCCUGUCCCCGUGCGUGUUUACGCUCAUCUGUGCCACACUCCUCUGGCUCCCAGCCACCCAGCAGUAUUUAUAGCCAUACAGUGGUAAUCGGCACUCAAGAAAUCGUCGCGAAACCAUCCCCUUACCGCUGAAACUUAGACUGAGUGACAGUGACUGAGGGCUGAUUUUGGGGGACCCACCUGAUCUGGGCUCUGUGGCGAUGAAGGAGCGCACAGCACCUGAAGAAUUAUGUGGAAAGGCUCAUGUCCAUUCCUCCCUCUCUCUGCCUGAGCCCGAGGAGUGGAGGAGGAGCAGCCCUGCGGCCCGUCCCGGCCUGACCCAGGGAACCCGCUCCUGCUCCCUGCAGGUUCCUCACGCCGUGCCCGAGUACCUGGACCUGCCCCCCCGAGCGGCCAGCUUCGACGUGCCAUGCGGUCGGGAAGAGAGCUCUUCCGACCAGGGAUCAGGCUCCCUGAGUCCCCACUUUAUGCUGCGACGGCGAGGGGGACUCGUGGAGCAGAAGGACAUCAUAAUGGCCCACCAGGCUCACAAAAUACAGAGCACGCCACAAGCCCGCAGGAAGGAGUGGGAAAUGGCUCGGUUCGGAGAUGAGUCGGCUCCCGCCACAGUGGACUCUGGAGAUGGGGACUUGGAGCGCGGCGGAGACGGGCAGGACGCGGCGGCGGGACUCACGGCUUCCAUGAAACAAGCCAAGGCGCAGCGAGCCCGGACCAUGGCUCUGUACAACCCGGUCCCCCACCGGCAGAACUGCCUCACCGUCAACAGGUCUCUCUUCAUAUUUGCAGAGGACAACAUCAUUAGAAAAUACGCCAGGCGAAUCAUUGAAUGGCCAUAUCCUUACAUUAAAAGUAGUAGUUCUGUUUCAAGAUGUCUGUUGCAAUUCUUAGCAGCGAUUGAGUUCAGCACCAUGGACAGCGUCAGCCGGCAUUACAUGAUCCUGGCCACCAUCACCGCUAACUGUGUCGUCCUGGCUCUGGAGCAGCACCUCCCUGGAGAGGACAAGACCCCGAUGGCAAAGAGACUGGAGAAGACAGAGCCAUACUUUAUUGGGAUAUUCUGCUUUGAGGCGGGGAUCAAGCUGGUGGCCCUUGGUUUUGUUUUCCAUAAAGGCUCCUACCUGAGGAAUGGAUGGAACGUCAUGGACUUCAUAGUCGUCCUCAGUGGGAUUCUGGCCACAGCUGGUGCCCACAUGAACAUCCCAGUUGACCUUCGGACCUUGAGGGCUGUUCGAGUGCUGAGACCACUGAAACUCGUCUCUGGGAUCCCAAGCCUUCAAAUUGUGCUGAAGUCCAUCAUGAAAGCCAUGAUCCCACUGCUCCAGAUUGGCCUUCUCUUGUUUUUCGCUAUCCUCAUGUUUGCAAUCAUCGGUCUGGAGUUCUACAGUGGGAAGCUUCACCACACCUGCUUGCCUUCAGACGACAUACUUGAUAAUGAGACGGUUGACUCAUCAGAGCUGGCAUUUGCAUGCGGUGUGAGGAAGUGUCCAGAAAUGUAUGACUGCAACGACACCUGGAUUGGGCCCAACGAUGGCAUCACGCAGUUCGACAACAUCCUGUUUGCUGUUCUCACUGUCUUCCAGUGUAUCACCAUGGAGGGAUGGACAGCUGUGCUCUACAAUACCAAUGAUGCCUUGGGUCUUACAUGGAACUGGAUGUACUUCAUUCCUCUUAUAAUUAUUGGCUCGUUUUUUGUCUUGAAUCUAGUGUUGGGAGUCCUUUCCGGAGAAUUUGCAAAGGAGAGGGAGAGGGUGGAGAACCGCAGAGCAUUCAUGAAACUUCGUCGUCAGCAACAAGUGGAAAGAGAACUGAAUGGUUACCGGGCCUGGAUAGACAGGGCAGAGGAAGUGAUGCUUGCUGAGGAGAAUAAAAGUUCGGGAAGAUCCCCGUUAGAUGUUCUAAAGAGGGCGAGUAAGAAAACCGGUGCACGAAGAGGAGCACCAGGGGACGACAAAUACACAGACAUGUCCACUGCCAGUAUGUCACGAUCAAGAGUAUACUUGCGCAGUGGCCGCCGUGGUCCUGCAGCCUACCUGCGGCGUAAAGAGCGCAUGUUGCGCAUCUCAAUCCGGCGAAUGGUGAAAACGGACACCUUCUAUUUGAUGGUGCUCAGUCUGGUCGCUCUCAAUACCGUCUGUGUGGCCAUUGUGCACCAUGACCAGCCUGACUGGCUCACCAUUUUCCUCUACUAUGCAGAGUUUGUUUUCCUGGGGCUGUUUCUGGCUGAAAUGUUUUUGAAAAUAUAUGGUUUGGGUUUCCGGCUCUACUUCCAUUCCUCUUUCAACUGCUUUGACUGUGGGGUCAUUGUUGGCAGUAUCUUUGAGGUGGUUUGGGGCUUCUUUAGGCCUGGAAUAUCAUUUGGCAUCAGUGUACUUCGAGCACUGAGACUUCUGAGGAUAUUUAAGAUCACCAAAUACUGGGCCUCUCUCAGGAACCUGGUUGUGUCCCUUAUGAGCUCCAUGAAGUCCAUCAUAAGCUUGCUUUUCCUCCUCUUCCUCUUCACUGUGGUGUUUGCGCUGCUCGGGAUGCAGCUUUUUGGAGGGAGGUUCAUUUUUGAAGAUUACACUCCCACCAACUUUGACACGUUUCCAGCUGCCAUCAUGACAGUGUUUCAGAUUUUAACUGGUGAGGACUGGAACGAGGUGAUGUAUAAUGGAAUUCGCUCUCAGGGAGGCGUUCAGUAUGGCAUGUGGUCAUCCAUCUACUUCAUAGUCCUCACGCUGUUUGGUAAUUACACCCUGCUGAACGUUUUCUUGGCCAUCGCAGUGGAUAAUCUGGCCAACGCACAGGAACUAACAAAGGAUGAAGAGGAGGAAGAGGAAUUCUUCAAUCAGAGAUAUGCCAGAGGAAGGGACGGCUUGAUAUCUGAUGGCAGAAGAAGACCCUACCUCUAUAGGAAGCGUGCAAUCCACAGAGGGCGACCGAACUUCCCAGAGGAAGCUGAUGGUGCAGCAAGUGCUGCAGAUGAGCAGCCCCUCAAUGGCUCCCGGCCCUUUGCCAACCGCCGCGAGAGGAGGAGAAAAGUUAACAUGUCGGUGUGGGAGCAGAGAGCCAACCAGCUCCGAAAGCGCCGCCAGGACGCGAGCAGAGAGGAACUGUUUAGCAGCCCAACGGAGGACACUGCGGAAACUCCCACUGCCCCCCACCACGCGCCGGCCCUUUCCUCGGAGGUCAGCCCAGCUCACCUGCCCGAGUCACCCAUGUCGGUGGGGAUGCCCCUGCCCGAGCCCCCGAUGUCCAUCUCCAUUCCCAUGCCAGAGCCUCCGGUGGCUGAGCCUCUUGUGAACCUGGGUGAGGAUAAACCAGCAGGAGCCAAUUACAAGAGCGCGGGGGGAGGAAGACACAGAAUGGCCAGGAAAUUUAGGUCCAGUCAGGGGCCGGAAGAAGGGGCCCGGCACAGACGCCAUCGUCACCGCGAUGCCCGCACUGAAGUGAAGAGUCUGGACUUUACCCAGACACCACGAGAAGUGCUACAUGUCAGACGGUCGCUCAGCCAAGAGAGGAAGAUUAUAGAUGAACGGGAGGAGAAGGAAGAAAGAGAGGAGAAGGAGGGAAUAGCGGGAGAAGGAGGAGCUGAAGAUGACGGUGGCAUUGUCAACCCAUAUGCAGAUAUUGGAGAAGAGGGCAGAAGAGCUGCUGAGGGCGAGCAGCUGCAGGACCGUGCCUGGUCAGAGCAGGGUGAGGCUAGCAACACAAAUAACCACGAUUCCCUGGGCCAAAACAUCCCUGUGGAGCCUGCUUUGGAGGCCACAGAGUUCACUGUAAGUGCCAUUGAAUCUGAGAAACGCCAGUUCUCCAUCAAACGUGACAAGUCCAACCAGGAGGGCAGCAUAGCCAUUGAGAUGUCUGCACAACCACUUCUGGAGCUCACACCUAUGACAGUGAACAAUAAAGAGUUGGAGGCAUACCAGUCCGAUGAGCAAGAGAGAGAGGAUGACACAGAGGAAGAGGAACCUCCGAGGCCUCCUAAACCUGCAGCUCCAGACAGCAUGUUCAUCUUCAAGGCCUCCAACCCUAUCAGGAGGAUUUGUCACUACGUGGUCACUUUGCGCUAUUUUGAGAUGACCAUUCUUCUUGUGAUCGUGGCCAGCAGCAUUGCAUUGGCAGCUGAGGACCCAGUUUGCACAAAUUCAGACAGAAACAAGGUGCUGCGAUAUUUCGAUUAUGUCUUCACCGGAGUGUUUACCUUCGAAAUGAUCAUAAAGAUGAUAGACCAGGGUCUGAUUCUGCAUGAUGGAUCCUAUUUCCGAGACAUGUGGAACAUCCUGGACUUCAUUGUUGUUGUGGGAGCUCUGAUAGCCUUUGCUCUGACAAACACCAAAGGCAGAGACAUCAAGACAAUAAAGUCCCUUCGCGUUCUGAGAGUUCUGCGGCCUCUUAAAACCAUCAAGAGGCUUCCUAAGCUCAAGGCAGUUUUUGACUGUGUGGUCACAUCCCUGAAGAACGUCUUCAACAUCCUCAUUGUCUACCAGCUCUUCAUGUUCAUCUUCGCUGUCAUCGCAGUGCAGCUCUUUAAAGGGAAGUUCUUCUAUUGCACUGACAGCUCCAUGAAUACGGAGAAGGAGUGUCGAGGCUUCUACAUUGACUACAGCAGAGACAAGAAGGAGGUCAAGAGGAGAGAGUGGAGGAGGCACGAGUUUCAUUACGACAAUGUCUGCUGGGCCUUGCUCACACUUUUCACUGUGUCAACUGGGGAGGGAUGGCCUCAGGUCCUCCAGCACUCUACUGAUGUUACGGAGGAGAAUAUGGGGCCAAGUCGGGGGAAUCGGAUGGAGAUGUCCGUUUUCUACGUGGUGUACUUUGUGGUGUUCCCUUUUUUCUUCGUCAACAUCUUUGUGGCUCUCAUCAUCAUCACCUUCCAGGAGCAGGGUGACAAGAUGAUUCAGGAAUGCAGCCUGGAGAAGAAUGAGAGGGCCUGCAUUGACUUCGCCAUCAGCGCCAAGCCAAUGACUCGCUACAUGCCUCAGAACAGACAAACGUUUCAGUACAGACUGUGGCACUUUGUGGCAUCACCUUCUUUUGAGUACACGGUGCUCAUCAUGAUUGCACUCAACACUGUCGUUCUCAUGAUGAAGUAUCACUCAGCUCCAACAGCUUACGAUGCUGUCCUAAAACACCUAAACACAGCUUUCACAGUCCUCUUCUCCUUGGAGUGUAUACUCAAAAUCAUGGCAUUUGGUCUAGUGAACUAUUUUCGAGACACUUGGAAUAUUUUUGACUUCAUAACUGUUCUUGGCAGUAUCUCAGAAAUAAUCGUGGAUCUGCAGUCGGUGAACACCAUCAACAUGAGUUUCCUGAAGCUUUUCCGAGCAGCCAGGUUGAUCAAGCUGCUCAGACAGGGCUACACCAUCCGCAUUCUGCUCUGGACCUUUGUGCAGUCAUUCAAGGCUCUUCCUUACGUCUGCCUUCUGAUUGCCAUGCUUUUCUUCAUAUACGCCAUAAUUGGAAUGCAGGUGUUUGGAAACAUCAAGCUGAAUGAUGAGAGCCACAUCAAUCAGCACAACAAUUUCAAGACGUUUUUCAGUGCUCUGAUGCUGCUGUUUAGGAGUGCCACAGGGGAGUCAUGGCAAGAGAUUAUGCUCUCCUGUCUGGCAGGACAGGAGUGUGAACCAGACCCCUCCAUCGCUCCCCUCACCAUGUCCCCAGACCACGAGGGCGGCUGUGGCACAGACUUUGCUUACUGCUACUUUGUCUCCUUCAUCUUCUUCAGCUCAUUUCUGAUGCUGAAUCUUUUUGUGGCUGUGAUUAUGGAUAACUUUGAGUAUUUGACACGAGACUCUUCAAUCUUGGGUCCACAUCACCUGGACGAGUUUGUCCGAAUCUGGGGGGAGUACGAUAGACUGGCAUGUGGACGUAUACACUACACAGCCAUGUAUGAGAUGUUGACACACAUGUCACCACCCCUCGGCCUGGGUAAAAAAUGUCCUGCUAAGAUCGCUUACAAGAGAUUGGUGUUGAUGAACAUGCCUGUGGAUGAGGAUAUGACUGUCCACUUCACCUCUACUCUUAUGUCACUCAUCCGCACAGCUUUGGAAAUUAAAAUAGCUCGAGGUGGCGAGGACCGCAUCGCUCUGGACACCGAGCUGCAGAAAGAGAUCAGCAUUAUAUGGCCUUAUCUGCCCCAGAAGACUUUGGACCUCUUGGUACCCAUCAACAAAGAUACUGACAUGACGGUGGGGAAGAUCUACGCUUCAAUGAUGAUAAUGGACUACUUCAAACAGAACAAAGCCAAGAAACUCAGACAACAGCUGGAAGCUCAGAAGAGUAAUUUGAUGUUUAAACGUUUGGACGCCUCUACCCUCCCUGAGGACAUUCUGUCCAACACCCAGCCCCUGCCGAUGAUGGCCCAUAGUGCUGGUUCAGCCCUGACCAGGGGAGGCUUUGUGGCCUUGAGCCCCAUCUCCCCACAAGAACUAUUUUUGCAGCCCAUCAGCUCAGACGCUGACGCCAGUCAGCAACAGAAUCCGGUGGGCGAGCGCAGUUGGGGGAUUGAAGCCCCACUGGAGCUUCCACUUGGGAGGGGCCUGUGUGUGCGGGCCUCUUCCAUGCCACGUCUGGCUGUAGAGUCGCAGCAGGCUGAAGUUCCAACCAGUUCCAUGAAGCGCUCGGUCUCCACAAUUGCAGAUCACCGUGUAAAUGGACUCUGGCAGGAGGAGAAAAGUCCCGAGCGUAUCUAUCGACCUCGUCAUAAAAGUUACAAGGCUGCUGUUUCUCGCUCUGAGCACCGUGAGCGCGGCCGGUCUAAGGAGCGCUGCCACCUCCUGUCACCAAAUGCAUCUCGUUGUAACUCAGAGGAAAGAAGCUUGCAGCCCUCACGAUGCUCCAGCGUAGAGAGAGAACACCCUCCGGAUAAACAGGGGAACAGUUCAGACAGCCCGGUGCCCUCCACCUCAGAGUCCAGCACGCCCAGUGGCAGACGAGCCCUAUCACAGACCCCGACCCGUCCUCACAUCUCCUACUCCCCGCUUGUGUGUCGCACGCAAGCCUCUGCGGGCGAGGACGAGGAUGAACAGGGCAGCCCAGACACCAUAAGGCGGAAAAAACCCACAUGGGACACCCAGGAGGGUGUAUCGGCAGAGAAGCAGAGUGAGCCAGACAGACAUGCCUCCCCACCUCGUCGCUAUCCCUCCGAGCCUUUCCUGACGUCGCUGGAGGACGACCACAGCCCGGACCCGUCUGGCCCCAUGGAAACGUUGACCUUUGAGGCGGCUGUGGCCUGCAGCCUGGGACGCUCAAACACCGUCAGUUCAGCAGCCCGUCCUCGCUUGCGGACCGGCUGGCAGGUCCCCAACGGACACUUUCGAAAGCGUCUGGUGCAAACAGCUUCAGCCGCAGGCCACGACCCUCUCAGCGACACAGAGGAGGACGACAGGUGCUAGGGUCAGGACACAGCAAGGCGCAGGGGGGAAAAUGCCUGAAACGUGAGAGGACACUCUUGGUGGUGUCAAGAAUGGAAGUUUAUGUGACUCUCUUCAAUCUUCAAGGCUGUGACCCCUUAAAAAUGUUUGAUAAAACCCUAAAACAUUGAAGACGAACACUUCCUGAAACUGUAGUUGUCAAUUCACACAGGACACUGACAAUCAAUAAGGUCUAUUUCCUAAUACUUGAUGAUAGAGACUAGUAAUGAAUACAGAAAAUAGAUAAACUGAAUGGAUAAGAUUAUGUCAUUUGUGUCAGUUGAUUUUCUUUCUGAAUAUGUUUUUAAAUGAAUCAGUGUUGCUCUAAACAGUAUCUUCAUGUGGGAUGUGUGAAUAUGUAACUACAUUUUCUUAUAGAUGAUCUUUUUUGUAAAUACAUUGUGGUUAUCCCAUCAUUUCCAUUUUUCUGACCAUAUCAAUACAGCAAGCCAUCUGAAGACGCAAUCUGAUAUUUUACCAGACAACGUGGAUACUAACAAGUGACACUAUAAUGCUGGAUUUUUUUACUGUGUGAAUGAAUGUGCAGGGGAUGAACUGCCUGAUAUCCCCUGAUCAUUUUUCUUUUGGUAUCGAACAUAAUAAAUCGUGAGAUAUGGAUGCAGCUAUAGAAUAACAUAGAUCAAUGCUUUUGUGAUUUCACCCAACAUUAUUGUUCAAUCAUGACUACCAAACCUCAGAUCUUUCAUAUUUCAUGAUUAACUUUUUAAAGAGUCCUUUUUUUAAACAAGUUUUACCCUUUAAAUGAAAAUGUUCAUUGCAAUUACUGUACAUCAAGCAUUUGAUUCACAGCAUACAUAGGACAGUAGUUUAACUGUGAACUGAUCCAAAAGCUAAAUGAUCUGAAAAAUUCAUAUUCACCUUGUUUUUUUAAUGUUCAUAUAGUGAUCAUUAUAUGAACCACUGCAGAGAAGUACAUAGAAACACUGAAAAAACACAUAUGACACAUUUUGAAUAAAAUUAAAAAAAUAAAUAUAUUGCUUACAAAUAAUGUACAAAAAAUGCUGUUUGUAAUAUCUAGAGAGUAAAACAUAAUGGAACAGCUGAAGAGAAUUAAAGGUAAAUUACACUUGGAAAUAUUCACAUUAGGGUUUGUGUAUUUGUUUUACUUGCCUGAAAUAGGCCAGAUCUGUGAAACUCACUUAACCAAAAAAAAAAGGGAAUUUGUAUCAUAAAUUCAAGGAAUGCAAAUAAUCUGUUGGUUUUUAUGUGUACAAUAACUGUAUAUACUAAUAAAGGUGUC